UAGCGCGAGUGGCGUUGCGAGAGUGCGAUCGGGACUAAAUUUACGGGGAAUGUCUGCGAUGGAAAUUGUUACUGAAGAAAUUCUGUGUGAAGUGGAUGUGUUUUCGUUAGUGUCGUGUGGUGAGUGAGCCAAUUCCACGGGCGAAUACCUUGUGCACGAAGAUAAUUGCAGCGGAGCUGGCGAAUGAAUGGCUGAGGCGAUUUAGAGGAAGAAAAAGUGAAAAUGUCAAUUGACAAAUGAAUGUCGACGAAGUUGCCUUUUUCCACUCUCAUUGUUUGGUUGUGAAGAAAUCCAGUGAAAUAAGCCAGUUUUGCGCCCAGGAGCUCAAGCAGGACACCAAUCUCGGCAAGCAGAGUGGAUUUCACGGUAAUUUUGGUGUUGCACAGCAUCGAGCGCGGAGGAACACAUGAAAAGAUACAUGGAUUUUUUAAUUAAACAACAAUCACAUGAAUUGUGUUGUGUGUGGAAAUUAAAGAAUUAGUGAUCGCGGCUAAUGAGUGAGGACAAUGUCUGUGAAAUUGCCUCUGUGGAAAUCAAUAAGGUGUCGAUGUUGCAUGUAAUUUUCAACUGAAUAAUGAAGUCAAUUGAACAUCAGGCGAGUGUAACGUAAAACCAAAAAACGAGAGAGAGAGAGAGAGAGAGAGAGGAGAACGAGAAGAAAAAGGAAUCAACGAAGGAGAAAAAAAGAUCCAAAACGUAGAAAAUUUAGUGUGAGUGUGUGUUGUUCUCUUCUGACGCGACUUGAAGAAGAGAUCAUCAUUUUUUUAAUACAAAAAGCGUCUCUCUUCACUCACUUUGGGGGAGAGAAUCAAUUGGAAAUUGGAGGAUAUUAGAGGGCGUGGAUUAGAGGGAAGACAGAGCGGAAAAGUGGCGAACAUUGCAAUUUGUGGAGUGACCCAAGAGCAGGAACUCGUGGGAAGUUAUCGUCGACAAGGAGGCAACAGGACAGACACGAUGGAAGUCCAAUCGACUGAGCGAUUGACAAGAUAUUCAACACCAAUCACAUCGAGUGUCUCGUCAUUCAUCACAUCGGACUUUUACAAAUUCCUGGCCCGAUUCUCUGGUCGCAGACGACACAACCUGAAACAGUGGAAAUAUUCAAUUGUACCAAUUCUCCUCUUGUGUUUCUCAACAUUCUUCAGUGGCUCAGAUGCCUGCUCGAGUCGAACGACACCGAAGCCGAGACCUCCAACCCCAACAUCUAGACCAAAUAUUACAUUCCAUACGUAUAAAUGUCCACCGGCCUAUGCAGCUUGGUAUUGUCUUAAUGAAGCUACGUGCUUUACUGUAAAAAUAGGAGAUUCUUUACUAUAUAAUUGCGAGUGUGCCGACGGUUACAUGGGUCCCAGGUGCGAGUACAAGGACUUGGACGGAUCCUACCUGCCUUCGCGACCGAGAGUGAUGCUGGAGACGGCGAGUAUAGCCAGUGGUGUGGCCGUAGCCUUCCUGCUCGUCGUUAUCUUCUGCAUCGUCUUCUAUAUGCGAUGGACUCGUCGGCAGAAGGAGCGCAUGGGUGCGGAGGAGAACGGCAACGGAUGCGAUGUAGUGGACGCCAGGAAUCGCAUGGCAGAGGCUGGUGGUGGGAAUUCGGAGAGGAGGCCGUUCGGGCCACAUCACUACCACAAAGUGUCACUCAGUGAAGCCCUCAAGAGAUAGACUAGCGAAUUUACAGACCCUCUCGCGAGUGGAAAUGCGAAGAAUAUGAACGGAUGAGACAUGAAUCGAAGGAGGAGAGGAGAAAGCUCCUCCGUUCUCUAUUUGAAAGAAGAGGAAGAAAGAGAGAGAGAGAGAAUAUUUAACACAACACAAAAAGGAGAAAAAAGUCAACGAUGUUCUGUAUUUUAGGUCGUAGUAUUAUUAUUUUUAGUUGAUUGUUUUCAUUAACGAUAGUUUUUUUUAUAUAUCAUUUCUUCACGAUAAGUAAGCAAUUUAGCCUAGACGAUAGAGUGAAAAUAUGAGACAAGAAGCCUAUAAAUUCUUCUCACAAAAAAUGAACUACUUAUAGAAACACGACAAAAUUCACACUUUAACACUCUCUAAUAAUCAAUUUAAUAAUUAAUAUUCUAUUUAUUCUGUAUUAAAUGACGAUAGAUUAGAGAGCGAAUCAAUUUCACACAACAUAUGCAAAAAAUACACUCUGGAGGCGUGCAAUGUGUGUUAAACAGUGAAUAAAAAAUGAGCAUCUUUGACAUUGCGAGCGCCUCCAGUAUGAAGGCAAGACAAGAAAAUAUGCAAGUAAAAGGAAAAAUAUACUUUUAGUCAAAAAAAACAAGCAUACUCUAAGCAUUUUAUGUAAAUAUUUACAUAUAAAACAGAUUCAUUCACAAUUAAUUUAUUUGCUUAUAAUUCAUUUAAUAUUAUUAUAAAAAACAUUCUCUAUACUAAAUUGUAGGUGUUAAUUUGGAGAGACAAGAGAGAAGGGAAGAUGAUGGAAAACACACGCAAAAUGGCACGAGAAUAGAUGAAAAAAAAGAAACAUAUAAGAAGCAUUUUUCUACAAUGUAAAUAGAGAAGAAGAAGAAGAGAUAAACAUUUUAGAGACUCCAAGAAGUGCAUUAAAAAAAAUAUUACAACACAUUUUCUAGGAAUGUUUUUGCGAAUAACAAUAUUAGAGAUUAUUCUAAACGUGGGGAGAAGAGAAAAAAAAAUUUACACUAAAUAUUUAAUCACUAUUUGAUUAAAAUCUGUUUUCAGAUCUCGACUUCUUUUUUUAUAAAUAAAAUAAUUAUGAAUAAAGUAAAUUAUUAUAGAGAUGUGAAGUUGUAAGAUGAGAACGAAGGGGAAAGAAAAGUAUUGAACGAUUGGAAAACAAUGACAUUUUUAUCACAAUUUUAUCACACACACACACUCAAGAAUUCACAAUAAGAUUAUAUUAACUUUUAUAGUGACUUUGUAUAUAAUGUAAACAUUGAAAUACUUUAAAAGGAAUGAUUUAAAAGCCGAGUGGAUAAAAUUGAUGAUGGAAAAUUGAGUAAAAAAAAAGAAUCAAACAUCAAGCUUUAAAUUAAUGAAAGUGAAGGAAAUAAUCAAAUGUUUGAAGUCAAAUUAAUGAUGAAAUGCCGCGAAAUAUUCAAUGCUUGUUUGUUAUUUAUAUACAUUAUUACGUGUAAUGGAUAAAGUAACAAAAAAAAAGAGGAAAUCACUAUCCUUAGGAAUUAAGUGCGCUUGAGUCGUGAAGACGACACACAAUACAAUUCUCGCAGCUCCUAACAAUUUAAUUGCAAUAGUUGACAACUUAUCUAAUCAAUUUUUAGUAAGGAUGGAUAACAAGAAAAAUAUAUCAGUGCCGUACCAAAAAGAAUACCUACACAAAGUACACAUAACAUUUCUAGAGACAUAUAGAAUAGCCAAGCAAAAUUCACAGUGAAGAAGAGAGGAAAAAAUGUGUUCGCAUUUUUGUUAUAAAUGUUAAUUUAGCAGUGAAGGAAG